GUGUUGCCAGUCCGAAAUCCAGAAAACCCAAUGAAGGAACAUCGUUGCCUAUAAAAACUCGGUCACUGUUCCUCAAAGUUCUCAUUCCAAAUUUGAACUUAGUAAGGUUCUGCAAAGGCUGAAUAUCAUUCAAAACCAUAACAGGGAGGAGGAAAAUAAACCAUGGGGACGAGAGUUUUUAUUCCCAUUCUUCUUACAUUUCUAAUCAAUGCUGCAUUAUCUGCACCGGAAAAAGUUCUCUUUGGCGAACCUACGCCAAUUGGCGCUGAAGCACGUCAAUUACCAGCUGCGGAUGCUGCCAAGGACACGACUUCUAAAGAUGGUCGUAAAGGGAGGGUAUUCACCUUUCCGGGGUCACAGCAGCAAGAUUCCAGAACCCAUCAGCCUGCCUACGUCAUAUCGUCGCCUCAUUAUGAAGCAACAGAAGACAGGUUUAGUUCCUCUGCUUCGUCCUUAGCUGACGAGAAUCGUCUGCUGUCGCUCCUGCCAACCUUCGGCAGCGAUGGGAUGCAGGUUGGCUUGGAUUUUAAAUUACCUUUCUUCAGCAUCCCAUAUGCCAAAAUGUUCUCGGCCCUGACAGCUCCAUCCGUAGGAGGUGGACUGUUUGGGUCUGGAUCUUCAUAUGGGUCGACCGGCUCUGCCGCCAGUUCCCUGACUUCCAACCUUUUGGGAUCUGGUAGUGGUCUGUCUAGUGGUAUGGCCACCAUGGCAGCCAUGGCUGUUACAGCUGCCCUUUUAUAUCCAAAAGUCAGCAAUCUCUUCAGUCUCGAUGGAAAAGGAGUCUUCAGAGAUGGUCAUGGAGCGGACGAUUUCUUCCAGAACAUGAACAGUGUUCUCAAUCAGUUUAACAUCGACGGUGAAGCCUGCAUGAAAGUCGCUUUGUGUUCCCUCGGAAAUGCCAAGCGACAUCACCAGCGCACCAGAGGAAGAGACGCUUCUACCACUCCUGCUGAUGUUCUGGAGGACAUUUUAAACCUUCCUGCAGUUAAAUCCUUGCUAUCGAAAGGUGGACUCGUCCAAGCCAGGGAUUUUGGAGGAACCGGAGGAGACUGCGAAUAUUACAACAGCCAGAGUAAAUGUCCUAUUGGUUCUGAAACAUUUCAGAAGAUGCUGUCCAGCCUCGGAUAAAUUUAUAUUGGAGCAUAAACCAUCAUGACAGCUGCCUCGCUGAAGUCAUCCCUAACAUUGCAACAGAAAUGGCAACUCCACACUGCCAAUAUGAGUGUUUAUUUACUGUAGAAUGUUAGAAUGCUUUAUAUUAUUUAGUAAUCAAUGUUUUUUCUCUUUUAUUUACUUAUAUGUAUCGGUGUUAGAAUGCUUUAUAUUAUUUAGUAAUCAAUGUUUUUUCUCUUUUAUUUACUUAUAUGUAUCGGUCGUCUCAUACUUGCUUUUUAUUAUUUCGUAGUGGCAAAGGGUCUCAUAACUUAGCAUUUUAUCUUUUGUUCUAACCUUUAAUUAUAUGUAUGUAUAUAUAUUAAUACACACAAAUAAGAAUCAAAA